AUGUCGAACGGACCUCUUGUCUUCAUCACGGGAGCUACAGGCCAUAUCGGCUUCGCAAUCCUCGUGCUCCUCCUCAAAAAGGGAUACCGAGUCCGUGUCUCCAGCCGCAAGCUCGCCACUGCACAAAAGCUCAACGACCUGCCUUCUGUCAAACCGUACGCCGACCAAGUUUCUUUCGUGGAGACCCCAGACGCCUUCGCCGACGCCGCGUAUGACGAUGCGGUGAAAGACGUCGACUAUAUCGUGCACGUUGCCUCGCCCCUGCCCGAUGAUUCCCAGACCGAUCCGGACUUUGACGUCGAGCAAACCUAUAUCGCGCCAGCCAUACAAGGCAACCUCGGCCUGCUUAAGGCAGCUCAGAGAUCCCCAACCGUCAAGCGCGUCGUCAUCACCUCGUCCGUUGCCAUCCUCGCCAAGAAGGAAGGCCGCGACACCGUCGGCCCAGACGACCUCGCUCCUGUGCCCGAGGUCAAAGACAUCCCGAAACACCCCCUGGCAGCAUACGCGGCGUCCAAGAUCCUGGCCAACGCGGCGGCCGAGGAUUUCGUCAAAACUCACAAGAAGUUGCACUUCGACGUCGUGCACAUCCUCCCCGGCUAUGUCCAGGGCCGCAAUGAACCCGUGACCUCAUCCCGUCAACUGGUCGACCGGCCUUCGUCCAACCAAACCAUGAUCAAAUUCCUCCUCGGCCACAAGGACGACACGCCGCGACCCAAUGAUGUUGUCCUGCUCGACGAUGUCGCCGCAGUGCAUGUCGCGGCCAUGGAGGGCCCCGACAUCAAGACAGGGGAACGGUUCAUUGCCGCCUACCCUCUGCCCGUGUCCUGGGUGGAUGUUGAAAGGGUGGUGAAAAGACUGUUUCCCCGGCAGGUGGAAAGAGGGAUCUUGCCGUUGGGUGGCGAAUGCCCGGACUGGGCUUUGCACUUUGAUCCGAGCAAGACGACGCAGAGGUUGGGCGUGGAGUUCCAUGGCAUCGAGGAUAUGGUGAAGAGCCUGGUGGGGCAGUAUGUUGAGUUGGUCGAGAAGGAGAGGAGGACGGGCACGCAGAGCACGGCAGCUUGA